AUGGCAUCCUCCAUCGAAGCGCCGUCUACAGGCCUUUUAAAUCUAGAAAAAGAGCUGGUCUGCUUCAUCUGUACAGAGAUAUUGUAUCAACCUCUGACCCUUCUCGACUGUUUACAUUCCUUCUGCGGCUCGUGCUUAAAGGAAUGGUUCUCUCAUCAACAUCGAAAGGCCACCCACUCUCACUCCGCCUCUCCUGCAAAUACUUAUACCUGUCCGACAUGUCGCGCUCCUGUGAAAGAUGCACAACACAAUGCCAUGAUAAAUACCUUGCUGGACAUGUUCCUGGCCGCAAAUCCUACCAAAGGUAGGUCUGCUGAAGAGAAGGCCGAAAUGGCGCAGGCCUACACUCCGGGUGACGGCAUCAUGCCCAAGGUUGAGAGCCAUCGUAGAAGGGAGCGGAGACGCCGCGAGGAAGACGAAGUUGCAGGGCGACAAAGGCGGACUGCCAAUGACGCAAUACGCGAGAGAAGCCGGCCGACGCAACUUCUCGAUCCCGUGGCUGGACAUUCCGGACGCUCGACAAGUGGAAGAAGUGGUAGUCGAGAAAAUAGAGACCGGACGGAGACUUCCCGAGAUUCGGACAGGAGACACCGCCGAGAUCAGCCAUCUGAUAGUGAAGCGAUCGUGGCGGGUCCUCGGACUGCUCGCUCGUCAAGUUCGGCAGAUUUAUCCUCCCUCUCUCCUCCUGUUGGCUCCCCAAGACACCCAGACGCUGUUGAAGCACGCCAAAGAGGGGCGAGAACAGUGGCUCACCAGGCAAGUCUGCGCUCUUUAGUGAGCGCCUCGGAAAGCGGGACAGGGACAGGAGAGAGUUUGAGUGAGGCUCAACUCAUGCAAGAGAUCUUGGCUGAAGGUCUUUUGGACGGUAUCAACGUGGACGAAUUGACAGAGGCUGAGCAAGACGAAUUAAGUGAGAGAAUUGCCGACAGGUAUAGGCAACUACAUCCAGAGAGGCUUCGACGUCAACUGUCAGAUGAAGCUAGGCAUGAGAGGAGACACGAUAGUCUUCCAACCUUACACAGACAGCCUGAGGUUCAAAUCGAGGAAGCUGGUCGACAUUCUCGUCAAUCGUCAAGAAGUGCUCAACGACGUCAGACACAACCGAGCCCCAGAUCUAGCCAUAACGUCACCGUUGGUGGAACAGAGCCACGACCACCUACUUCAUAUCCUCAAAUCACUGAGCAAACCUUGACGCUGCCGCAAACCACGUCACACCGUCGGCGGGCUUCAAAUGAGAGUGGAAGAAGUGAGAAUGCGACAACCAGAUCCUCACGCAGAUCGAAUCCUGGCGGAUUGCCCAAUUCUGCAAGUAGGUCAGCAACUGAUUUAUCAGAGAGGCCACAAUCAUCAUCAUUUUCUGCAAACCACCCGCACCAACUUUCGAACUCCGAGAGGUCAAACACUGAACCACACCGCUCCCCACGGGCAUCUGACGUGUGGAGAGCCGGGGGAAAUCGGGUCUCGAGCCCACCGGAAGUUGAUUCUCCGACCGUUCAGUCACCGCUUCCAGAAUCUAGUCGAGCCAUCGCUUCAGGCCCCGGCAAUGCUCCUGUUCCUGUUUCGCCUCCAAGGUCAGAUCCAGCAACGCUAGCUCCAGAACCGAUGGGCUCGUUGGCAUUGUUAACAAGAUUCGACGAGCCAUCAAUUUCUUGCGCUCGUUGCGCUCGAGAAAAUAUCCAGUACGAAGUCCAUAAGCACUGUGGACCCUGCGAGCUCAAUAUAUGUAUGACGUGCUACAGGGCUGGCCGGGGCUGCAAUCAUUGGUUCGGAUUCGGUCAUGCAGCGAUGUUCAAAUUUGAUUCAUCGCAUCCACGCUCCUCUCAGGCAAUCGAACUUCCUCAUAUAUUGGUCGGUCGCCAGUAUCAAAAACCUCCAUCUGCCUCUCGACAGGGAAUGAGGGGAAAUAUCGUCCUUACCAAUUCUGACCCAGCGUCUCGCCAAAGUGAAGGCAACUUUUGUGAUAGAUGUGGUAAAUUUGCAAAUGCAUGCUUUUGGUCGUGCGACUAUUGCAACGACGGCGAAUGGGGAUUCUGCAAUGAUUGUAUCAAUACUAAUCAUUGCUGUACGCAUCCAUUAUUGCCUGUUGCCCACAAAUCAUACGAUCCAAGAUCCAAGAAUUCUCGACAACCGGGAGCGAUAACACAUUCCGGUUCUGUCACGUUGAGCCCAUAUCGACGAGGUGGGCGUGACCCCUCGCCUGCUCAGAGCGCACCUUCAAGUGCAGCAUCUGCAAAUGGUCUAUCUUUAGGCUUGAGAGCAGACUUUGUUCCACUCAUCAUCACCACUAAUUGUGAUGUCUGUGCCCGACCGAUUGCCCCGGGAGAGAUGCGACACCACUGUCCAAGCCACCCCACACCUUCGACAGACGAUCCAAAUCAGAAGGGUGACUUCGACAUCUGCAAUGAUUGUUAUCUUGGCUUUGUCAAGACAGGCCGCCUCAAACGUGAGAACGGUCCUGAUGGGUGGCAUAUGUGCCCAGAUGAACACCGCAUGAUUUCGAUCGCAUUUGAUCCCGAUCAGGAUGGCGGACAGAGACGAGCAGUAAUCCGUGACCUUGUUGGCGGGACCAAGAUGUCCGAUGCCGACGUGGCAGCAUGGAAACAAGCUCACUCCCAGCCCAGUGGCCUUGGUGCAACACUUGUUGCAAAUCGCGGUCAAUGGUCAUGGCGAGAAGAUGCCACAGGAUCUCGCCGCACUACAAGGGCGCGCACCGGAACUCUUCCAAUUUCUCAAAAUGUAAAGUUCCCACCCGAUGGAGGUGUCGGCAAGGUGUGUAGAGCCAUGUGGAGCUACUAUCCUGAAGACGGCGAGGAGGGCAAGGGUGAAUUGAUGUUUCCCAAGCAUGCGGAGAUUCGUGAGGCGGAAGAGGUCAACGAGGAAUGGUGGUAUGGUGUUUACUCUGGCGAUCUCGGUGUUUUCCCGAGUAUCUACGUUAGAGAGGCUGCUUAA